CAGUGAGGCAGUGCAGGACGGAGGCCACUUUUGAUGACGUGAUAACACACGGAACAGCCUUCUCUAAUCUCUGGAAGCCUGCUCCUCCACAGGACGCUGUUUAUUUGUCGACGUUGAUGCGGUUUUACGUCAUGACGGCGGUCAGCGGGUCUUCAGUGGAUUCAGUGAAAGCUCGGGUGGUCCUUCAGCAGUGUCUGCACGCCAGACUGCAGGUCAAACCUCCUGAGGAAGACUGUGAGGCUCAGUGGGUCGAGAUUAACCGAGGAAUGGUUAUCUACGUCUGCUUCUUCAAAGGUGCAACUGAAGACAUCAUCCCUAAAAUGGUGAACACUCUGCUGAACAUGAAGCUUAGUGAGACAGAUUCAGGGAAACAUACUUCUGUCCUUGAUUUACCUGGCAGCGUUCUCAUUGUACCCCAAGCCACCCUGGGAGGAAGACCAAAGGGUAGAGGUAUGCAGUACCAUGGCAACACUGGCAAAGAGGAUGGGCAGAAGCUCUACGCCAGCUUCGUCUCUCACUGUGAGAAGGAACUAAGUUUGGCCACCAAGUGUAGUGAAGCUGGCACAGAAGUCAAACAUGGAACAUAUGGUAACCGACAAGUCCUGAAGCUGGAUACAAACGGACCCUAUACUCAUUUAAUGGAGUUUUAAGAGCUUAAUGUCUGGACUUCUAGUUGAUGGAGAAGCAGUGAGAGGACGUUAUCUCAUUGAAGCGUUUAACCUGAAUGAGCUUGAAAAUUUUCUUUUUGCUACAGUUGGUUAAUUCCUUUGUUGUUUCUUGUGACCUGUCAUUGUUUCUUGAAUGGAUGAUACUGUAUAAGUGAUUACAAAAGUAUGUCAAUUACCACUGUUGUCUUGUAGAAAGCAGCAACAAAGAUUCAAGAAUAAAAAAAAUAAAUGAGGAAAUAAAUACACUUUUCACAAAUGGCA